CUGCCUUUCUGGUUUAGGUAAUCAGGUAGGAGAGAGAGAGAGAGAAGUCACAGUAGAGAAGAGAAGGGGAAGAAGAAGAAGAAGAUCGGCAGUACAGUAGAGAAGUAAGGAAGGAAGGAAAGGAAGGAAGACCCAUCUCUGAGAUGGCCGCCAUACCGAUGGGGCCUGAGAAUCCUACAGACCAGGCUACACUCAACCUCGUCCCUCCUCGCCGGUCUGAUAUGGACUCCGACAAGGAAAUGACCUCAGGUGCAGCGGAGGGGAAUGGGCAAGUCACAGGUCACAUAAUAUCUACAACAAUAGGUGGUAAAAAUGGUGAACCCAAACAGACAAUCAGUUACAUGGCAGAGCGCAUUGUGGGUACUGGUUCAUUUGGCAUUGUUUUUCAGGCAAAAUGUCUGGAAACAGGAGAGAGUGUAGCAAUAAAGAAGGUUUUGCAGGACAAACGGUAUAAAAACCGCGAGCUGCAAUUAAUGCGAUUGAUGGAUCAUCCCAAUGUCAUUUCUCUGAAACAUUGCUUCUUCUCUACAACAAAUAGAGAUGAGCUUUUCUUAAAUUUGGUCAUGGAAUAUGUGCCUGAGACACUGUUCCGUGUCUUAAACCACUAUAAUGAUGCGAAUCAGAGGAUGCCACUCAUCUAUGUAAAACUCUAUAUGUAUCAGAUUUUUAGAGGACUGGCUUACAUUCAUACUGUUCCCGGUGUUUCUCAUAGGGAUGUGAAACCCCAAAACAUUCUGGUUGAUGCUUUAACUCACCAGGUUAAACUUUGUGACUUUGGAAGUGCAAAAGUUCUGGUCAAGGGCGAGGCAAAUAUAUCAUACAUAUGCUCCCGAUACUACAGGGCCCCAGAGCUAAUCUUUGGUGCAACAGAAUACACCACGUCAAUUGAUAUCUGGUCAGCUGGCUGUGUUUUGGCCGAGCUUCUCCUUGGACAGCCAUUGUUCCCGGGAGAAAAUGCAGUUGAUCAACUUGUAGAGAUUAUCAAGGUCCUUGGUACUCCCACUCGAGAGGAAAUUAGAUGUAUGAACCCAAACUAUUCUGAUUUCAGAUUUCCUCAAAUUAAGGCUCAUCCUUGGCAUAAGGUUUUUCACAAGCGUAUGCCUCCUGAAGCAAUUGAUCUCGCAUCGCGGUUGCUUCAAUAUUCACCAAGCCUACGUUGCACAGCGUUGGAAGCAUGUGCUCAUCCGUUCUUUAAUGAUCUUCGCGAACCCAAUGUCCGGCUCCCAAAUGGUCGACCUUUGCCACCACUUUUCAACUUCAAACAGGAAUUAGGUAGUGCUUCAUCGGAUUUAAUCAACCGGCUGAUACCUGAGCACAUAAGGCGGCUAAAUGGCAUCAAUUUACCUCACCCAUCUCCUCCUCUUCCGCCUACUUAAUAUCUAGAGUAUUGUUUCACUGGUAUCAGGCCGAUUAGAAUCGAAAUAUAAUGCAGGUUUUUACUCAGUACCGUAAAUUGUAACAUAUGGGGCUCUCUUCUCUUAUCUCUGUUGGUGUGAUCUAUUAUAUCCUUAUCUAAGCAAAACAAUAACUCCUCCUACUGUACAUUAUUUUGAUGGUAGAAGAAAUCCCAAGUGAAAAUGUUAUUAUUUUUAUUUGUUA